CUAUAUGUAUAUGUAUCUAUCUGUUUGCCAAACCAGACAUUCAUUCCCACUCUUGAGUUUCAACAAUGACACAAACAACAAUCUCUUCUACGUUGUCGUCACCGUCCUCGCAUUCGGGUCCAAAGGCUCAUGCCCGGGCCAAGAGGCCCAGAGACUGCAGCAAGCACCCGGUGUACCACGGCGUACGGAAGCGCAAUUGGGGCAAAUGGGUCUCGGAAAUCCGCGAACCGCGCAAGAAGUCUCGCAUCUGGCUCGGAACCUUCGCCACCCCGGAAAUGGCGGCGCGGGCCCAUGACGUGGCGGCGCUCACCAUCAAAGGCCAAUCCGCAAUCCUCAACUUCCCGGAAAUCGCGGACCUGCUCCCCCGCCCCCUCACGUGCUCCCCACGCGACAUUCAAGCCGCCGCCACCGCCGCCGCCUCCAUGUCUAAAUUCGACUCCGUAACACAAACCUCGGACUCGGAAACAGAAACUUCCGAAGAAUCCGAACUGAGCGAGAUAGUGGAGCUUCCGAACAUCGAAGACAGCUUUGACUCGUCCGUUGACUCGUUCGUGAUGGUCGACGUGGUGGACAGUUGGAUGUUUCCGCCAUUGGACUCGUUCUGCGCGGCCUUUUCCGAUGAGUUGUUUUCGCAACAGUGUUGUUCUGAAACGCUAUUACCCAUUUGGGAUUGAACGGUGCGUUUGGUUUCCACUGAAUGGAUUGGUUCCUUCAUUUUUGGUACCAACCACAACGAAAUCAUUUGAUACAGUCUGAAAUUGAAAUUUGGGUGCUUUCAGUUCCCAACAUGUGGGAUUCACAAGUGUCAUUAAUGGCUGUUUCGCUAUUUCUGCUGUCAAUGGUCCACCCUCACUUUAGUUUACUCUACCACUCUCUGCAUCAUAUUUCAUACGUCACUUAUACUUAGUCUUAGCAAUAAAGCUUCCUUCUUUCUUCUAUCCUACGUACCUAGCUAGCUUCCUCUGUUUCAUACAAUUGGAGACACAAAAUGUGAAUGUCCAGUAAAUUUUUAC